AUGCAAGAACCUAUCACAACUCUUUUCUCCUCACAAGUAACUAGGAAGUCACUUCCAGGAGACGAGGAUGAUGAUGAAAAUGUCAUGGUUUCGUUUGCAGAGCUUCAAUUCAAUCCAGAAGAAAAUGAUAUUCCUGAUGAACUAAUCAUGUCAGGUAAGCAAUUAAGAAUUAUAAACUCAAAGAUCAAUUCUCUUCUUCAAAUUACAGUUGAUACUAGAGGGAAGAAUUAUGUGACUGGGGUUGAGAUGGAUUAUUUGUUGAAAUCUCAAGAAUCACGAUUGCGGAAUUUGAUUGAGGUUGUUGAGCCAAAACAAGAAGAACGAUUGGUUACUCAUUCAAAGAGUUUUUAUUAUGAGAUUCAAAAGCUUCGUGAUGUUGCUCAGGAACGUCAUGAAUUUUUUAUGGAAAAGGUGAAUGCAACGAAGGAGUCUCUUGAUCUCAAGGUUUCUAAGAUAAAAUCUUUGAUGUCGGAAGAAGUCAAGAAGCUGGAGGAAAAUUACAAAUUGUUGCAUGGAAAAGUGGAUGUUAUUAUUGGUGCUAUAACUCAUUUGGUUAAGUUCGACAACGAGUAUACAAAGGAGUUUCAAGCUAAUUCUAAGCCGGAUGAAAAGGUGUUUGAGAAAGUGGAGGAAUUCUUGUCUGGGAUUAAAGACACUUUCUUGAAGGUGGAUCUUUCGAAUCAAUCUAACAUCUCUCAAGAAUCUAUCUCAAUGAUGGUUUCGAAUAUUAAGUCGAACAUCAAAGAUGAGUUGGCUACAAUCCUUAGUUUGGUACUUCGUUUACCAACAAAUGCUCGUGCUGCGCAAAUUUUGCAAGGGGAGAAAGAGGAGGUGGAGGAGAUAGAUCUUCAAAAGUUUAUGGUGAUGAUAUAG